AUGGGGGACCCGUAUUUGUGGGAGCAUUGCGUGCUUGGCAUCACAAUACUUGGCUAUGUGGUUCUUGCCGUCAAUGCCUACCUCAAUCGCCGCAAGCGGAUGCGACUGUCAGAGGAGUCGAAAACCAUGUCAGAGUGUGAAAGGUGCUCAGUGGAAGUCGCCAAAAGCCUAGUUCCCGCCUCUAGCGUGCCAGAACACCGCUUCAGGGGCAUGCACUUGAAAAUGUCAUCCAUGCGCAUCGAGUUUGAGAACUUGAGCGUGAAGCUCAAGUCCAACAAGAAGUGCAUUCUGGAGGGUGUGACUGGAGAGUUUCGCCCCAAGAGGGUGGCAGCUAUCAUGGGGCCGUCUGGGGCAGGGAAGACGACCUUCAUGAAUGCCUUGUGUGGUCGGGCCUACUAUGGGACGACAACCGGUAUGAUCCGCAUCAAUGGUCAGACCAGUAGCAUUGCUGCGAUCAAGCCACUUCGGGGUUUCGUUCCACAGGAUGACAUCGUCCAUGAGCACUUGACCGUGCGUGAGCAGCUCUACUAUUCUGCGCGUCUGCGCAAUGAAGAGGACACCCCACCAGCAAUGAUCAACAACAUCGUAGAAGACGUGUUGAAUGUCAUGCAGCUGCUGGAUGUGCAACACAGCCUGGUUGGAGAUGUGGAGAAGCGUGGCAUCAGUGGAGGACAACGAAAGCGAGUGAACAUCGGUUUGGAGCUUGCAGCACGUCCCACCGUUUUGAUGCUGGAUGAGCCGACCAGUGGCUUAGACGCCAGCACCGCUUUGGAGAUCAUUCGCUCGGUGAAGCGGCUCACCGCCAUAGGCAUGACUGUGGUGAUGGUGGUGCACCAGCCUCGUUACUCGCUUUUCACUCUCUUUGAUGACUUGCUUCUUCUUGGUUUGGGUGGCCGAACGGUCUACUUGGGCAAAAGCGAGGGCGCGCUUCCCUACUUCCGAAAUCUAGGGUUUCAGAUGCCCUUGCACGAGAAUCCAGCAGACUGGUUCAUGGAUGUGAUCUCCGGAAAGGUGAAGAAUGACCAGGAUCCCGCGCUAAUGUCAAGAAGGUUGGCAGAUGCAUGGGUUGGGUUCAUGAGAAACAACAUACCUCCUGAUGAUUUAGAGUUGGGCCAGGAGGCAGAAGGGCAGAUGGACAGGCUCGCAUUUACUAAGGCUUUGGAUGCCAAGCUCUUCAGUGCAGGAUUUGGGGAGAUGGAUGAGUUAAGCCAAGAACAGUUUGCAGACUUCCUGGACAUUUUGAAGGUACAGAAGCCUGCUGAUGCUGCAUGGGAACAGCUGAUGGAUCGUAUGGGAUUCCAGGAUGGAUUCAUCAGCCGACAGAGGUUGACCUCUUUCCUUCAUGGUUUGACCUUUUCCUUCUCCCAGGAUGCAGGCAAAUAUGUGGAGGAUUUCACAUCCUCCGAAGCGUCAGGCACUUCCAAGGAGACCUCCAUCAGCGAGAUUCCGGGCAAGAAGCUUGGACGCCGUGGACGGUUUUGCAUUCAAUAUCCUAUUUUGCUUCACCAAAACAGUAUCCGGUGGGCAAGGGACUGGAAGCACAAGCUCAUCAGCACAGGAAUUAUCGUCUUCGCAGGAGCCGUGUUUGGGGGACAAUGUCGCGAGAUGCUGAUCCCUGAAAACAUUUUAUGCCCUCUCAAGAUCAACGUCUCUCAUUUGCCCAUUGGAACCUUGAGCGGAAUAGCAUGUCUCCACAUUUUCGGUUCAGAUCGGCCUUUGUUUUGGCGUGAGAGCGCCAGUGGAGUGGGAGUCACUGCCUUCUAUCUUGCCAGAGUGACUGUGUCCCUCUUCGACGUGCUCGUUUGGUGCUACUUGUACACCGUCGCGUGGAUGAUCUUUGCUGAAGCACCUUGCAGCUACUGGAUGUGGUUAAUCGCAUUUCGGAUGACUGCAGUCAGUGCCAGUGGCGUGGGUGUUUUCAUUUCGACACUGGUGCCAAAGCAGAAUUCCACUCUUGCGACGGCGGUCGUUCUGCUGGUGAUGGGAGGUGCCUUGAGUGAACCUCAAGUGAUUGCAGAUGCGCAUGGUCUCAGCAGCGCAUUGGCAUUCAUUUCUCCAUUUACUUGGGCAUCAGGAGAGAACUACUUGGCACUUAUUGCCACCAGCGGUGGAGAAGCAGCCGUGGACUUCUAUGCAGUUCCCAUCGUAGAUGGCUACAAGAAGAUCAUCCUGUGCUUGGGAGGAAGCAAUUUGAGCUACGACUCCAAAGCCAUGUCGGAAUGUGAGAGGUGUUCCGUCGAUUUCGCACACCGCCUGGUUCCUACAGUCACUGUGCCGGAAUACCGCUUCAGGGGCAUGCACUUGAAGAUGUCAUCCAUGCGCAUCGAGUUUGAGAACUUGAGCGUGAAGCUCAAGUCCAACAAGAAGUGCAUUCUGGAGGGUGUGACUGGAGAGUUUCGCCCCAAGAGGGUGGCAGCUAUCAUGGGGCCGUCUGGGGCAGGGAAGACGACCUUCAUGAAUGCCUUGUGUGGUCGCGCCUACUACGGGACCACCACGGGUUCCAUCCGCAUCAAUGGUCAGACCAGUAGCAUUGCUGCGAUCAAGCCGCUUCGGGGUUUCGAUGAUAUCGUGCAUGAACACUUGACCGUGCGAGAGCAGCUCUACUAUUCUGCGCGUUUGCGCAAUGCGGAGGGCACUCCACCAGCAAUGAUCAACAACAUCGUUGAAGAUGUGUUGAACGUCAUGCAGCUGCUGGAUGUACAGCACAGCCUGGUUGGAGAUGUGGAGAAGCGUGGCAUCAGUGGAGGACAACGAAAGCGAGUGAACAUCGGUUUGGAGCUUGCAGCACGUCCUACCAUUUUGAUGCUGGAUGAGCCGACCAAUGGCUUAGACGCCAGCACCGCUUUGGAGAUCAUUCGCUCGGUGAAGCGGCUCACCGCCAUAGGCAUGACUGUGGUGAUGGUGGUGCACCAGCCUCGUUACUCGCUUUUCACUCUCUUCGAUGAUUUGCUUCUUCUUGGUUUGGGUGGCCAAACGGUCUACUUGGGCCAAAGUGAGGGCGCUCUUCCUUACUUUAGACGGCACUUGGGCUUCCAAAUGCCUCAGCAUGAAAACCCAGCAGAUUGGGUCGUAGAUGUGAUUUCUGGAAAGGUGUGGAACGAGAAAGACCCGACACUGUCAAGAAAGUUGCCGGAGGCAUGGGCUGAGUUCAUGCCAAAUCUCACAGCUCUACUUAUUGAUUUGGAGAUGCAGGACACAGCUGAAGAGCAGAUUGAUAGCUUCGCGUUCACGAUGGCUUUGGAUGCCAAGCUGUCCAGUGCAGGAUACAAAGAUAUUGAUGACUUGAGCCAGGAGCAGUUCCUGAGCUUCUUGGAAUUCCUGCAGAUCCAGAAACCUUCUGAUGCUGCAUGGGCACACCUCACCGAACGCAUGGGGUUUGAAGAUGGAUUCAUCAGUCAACAGAGGUUGGUCUCUUUCCUUCUAGGUUUGACCGGGUCCUUCUCUUCUCAGGAUGAGGCUGAGGAUGUUGCAUCGGAGGCCUCCAACAUGACAAAGCAGCGCUUCAUUAGUUGGAUUCGCCGCAAAAAGCCACGGCUGGGAGGGCAUCAUCAGCGCUUUCUCUUCCAGUACCUCAUUUUGCUUCACCAAAAUAGUCUCCGAUGGGCACGAGACUGGAAGCACAAGCUCAUCAGCACAUGCCUGAGCAUGUUCACAGCAGCAGUUUUCGGAACGCAAUGCAAACAGAAGCUGAUCCCUGAAAAUAUCUUGUGUCCAGGUAAGAUCAGCACUUCUCAGCUCGCCCUGGGACUUGUUUGUGGAGUUGUAAGUCUGCAAAUUUUUUCUCUCGAUCGGCCACUCUUUUGGCGCGAGAGUGCCAGCGGAGUCGGAGUCGCUGCCUUUUAUUGGGCGAGAUUGACGGUGGCCCUCUUCGAUGUGCUCGUAUGGUGCUAUUUGUACGCAACGGUGUGGGUGAGUUUUGCACAGGCGCCAUGCAGCUUUUGGUUAUGGCUGAUUCCCUUCCGCAUGACAGCCCUGUGUGCCAGUGGCGUGGGUGUUUUCAUGUCGACGGUGGUGCCGAAGCAGAGCACCACGCUCGCCACGACGGUGCUCUUGCUGGUCAUGGGCGGAGCUCUCAGCGAUCCGGAGAGUAUCGCGGAGUCCGAGGGUCUUGGCAGUGCACUGGCGUUUCUUUCUCCGUUCACAUGGACGGCGGGUGAGAACUACCUGGCAGUGAUUGAGGUGAGCGGUGGAGAGGAGGCCGUGGACUUCUUUGCAAUCCCCAUCAUGGAGGGAUACCAGAAGAUCUUGCAAUGUUUAGGGGGAAGUGCUUUGGGCUACCUGCACUCUGCUUCGAUUUUCUGUAGCAUUUUUGGAGUCAUUCUGUUGAUGUUUGGGUACUUUGGGCUUCGCUUUGUUCAUCGUGGCAAGCAGGCAUAA